AUGGAUGAGGAAGCUGCGCAUAAGCAGGCAGAAGAUGAAGUUUCAGGUACCCGCACGCAAGAAAUUGCGUGUACAGAGCAGCCGUGCAACAUCCAAGAGCAUGGCAUGUAUGCCAACGUCGCCGGUGGUGUCACACGUGACUCAGGUGAAAGCGCCACAGCGUUGGCAAAAUCCAGCUCCGCACCUGCAUUGAAUCCGCCACCGCGCAAAACGCGGCCAUUUGGAACGAGGAGUCCUUUCGAGGAGGAGAUUCGGUGCACAAAGCCAGUGACUGACAAGUGGGGCUUCCCGAAGCCUCUUCCCAGCAUUCCUCCUGCAGAGGCCUGGAAUUGGAGGCACCACCUACUUGGAACAAGUAACGAGGGUGUGCCCAAGGGCCGACGGACGUACUUCUCAAAACCUGAGACCCUAGCGGAGUUGAAGGAGGCACUUCGAAGCAAUCCUUCGAUCAAGAAUUCUGAAGGCAUUCUUCAGAGACUUGAACUGGGCGAUCUACCGCAGCGACCCAGGUCAUUUAUCACGCCAGAUGCGGGCGCUCCGGUCUGUCCAGAGAGACAUGUGUAUGGCGGAACAAUGUUGGAUCGUGACGGCAUGGGACGAACGUGGAACGGCCGAUGGCAUGCAGGCAUUGCAAUGAUCAACGAGCACUGUCAUCCGGAUCAUCGGACCUACUUCACGCAGCGAUCACUUUUCGAGAGAUCACCGUCCCAGCAGUACCGUCGAUUCCUGCACCAGGAGAGAAGGCCUGGUGAAUGGGUCUCGAUCGAUCAACGGAGGCCGGCUCCAUUUGGCCCGUUGGGCGGUCUGCUGACCGGCCGUUCUGGUGCACCAGUUCCAGGAGCAACGCCUUAA